AUGAGAAUACCUGAGUGUAUCCCCAGUGAGCCACCGAACGGGGUCGAUAUUUUAUUCGAGCUGGCAAAACGGAGAGAUGAACGGCUUUACGACUUCCUGGAACAAGACGAAUGUCUACUGAACUGUCGUGAUGGAAAUGGAAAUAGCCUACUUCACUGGUCCGUCUUCCUAAAUGACGCAUACCUGACGUGCUACUUGCUCGAGAAGGGCGCAGAUGUGAACGCCAAGGCACGGAACGCGCAGACACCGCUAUUCUGGGCAAUCUCCGCAAACAACAUUCACAUGAUCCAUCUCCUGAGGAAUUACGGCGGGGAUAUAUUUCAUACCGACGACAAGGGCUACAGUUGCUUAACCAUAAGUACUCAGUAUGGACAGGUUCUAUGCUUUCUGUAUUUAAUCCAUUUGGGGGCAUCACUCACACAUAGAGACCUGAGCAAUUGCUCCGUCGUUGACUGGGCUGCGUACAACAACAAUAUAUUUUUCCUUCGCCUAUUGUCGAACGUUUGUCCUAAAUUAUUUUCAAUAAAUUUGAAGAAUCCUGCAUCCACAUUGCACAAGGCCAUCAUUGGGAAUGCCUACGACGCGGUGGUCUUCCUUGUAAUACACGGUUACCAGAAUGUGCACGACAUUGCCACGGAGGAAAAGAAAACCGUUGUUCAAUUUGUAGAAGAACAUAAGGAUAAGGUGGACAGAAGUAUCUAUAAUUUUAUCACUUGCAGGAAGGUUCAGAAUUUGUGCAGGAGGCGAGGUAGCAAAGAGGACCCAACUUUGUAUGAGCCCAAUGGGACUAUAGGUUCAUACGUUAUUUCAAGGAGGAAAAAGCUUUCAACCUUGCGGAAGAUCCGCCAUGCGUUCACCCAGGACAAGACCCUCCUUCUCUACCCCGCCACCAUCAUCUUGUCACAUCUAUACAUGUCCUGCAUACACUUCUUUUACACAAGAGGGGCAUUGCUGGGCAAGAGCCCCCUCUGGGACGCCGCCCACCCAAUACUAUUCGUACUUUACUACAUGGUCGUUUCCAGUGAUCCCGGCUAUUUAGAAGACAACAGAAGUGUCCCAUGCGACAUUACAGGUGAUAUGAAGAACCCGUCGCAUCACCCAGAUGUUGACACCAGCAGGAGCACAAAUUUAACUUUACGAAAAAUUUUAAAAAAUGUGAAGGAAGAAAUAAAAUGUUAUGAGGAAAAAAAUAAAUUAAUCUCUUUCUGUGAAGAGAUCAAAUGGAAAAAAAUGAGCCAAGUGAAAAAUAGUUUACAGAUAAAGUUGGAUACACAAGCAUUCGAACUGAUAUCAUUUGACGUGAAGAAGUUGUGUCCUACGUGUUUUCUCUUUAAGAACUUAAGAACGAAGCAUUGUCGUUUCUGCGGCAAGUGUGUAGAUAUAUACGACCACCACUGUUUAUUUACUCUGAACUGCAUGAGUGUAGACAACGCAAAAAUAUUUUUAAUAUGGAUCGUGUCAAAUCUUGUUUUCCACUUUUGGAAAGUAUAUAUACACAUCUGUGUAUUUAUGAAGCUGAAUUUGUCAUCAUCUCCACUCCUUUUCCGAGGAAUAUCAAUAUCGGUAGUCCUAAUAAGUUUGUUGCACUUGUAUUUCAUGGGGGUAAUUUUCCUAAGGUCCAUACUAAACAUAUUAGAAAAUAUCACAUCGAAUGAGAAGUUUAAAAUGUAUUCCUCCAACACUUUUUUUUUGUACGAGUUAACGAAAGACAAGAAUAAUGAACCCGUUGUUAUCCGAAGAUUCAAGAACCCGUUUGACCGAGGGGCUCUUUUUAACCUCGUUAACUUUUUUACAAAAUCCAAGGACCAUUUGUCUAACCCGGAGAGGCAAUUCAUUCGCGUAGACGAGAGCGUGGAAAGUGUGUCCGUGAGAGCCUUCGUGGAGAAACUGAAUGGAGAACUGCGUCGGGUUUAUGCGAAGAAUUGA